AUGGCACUUACGAGAAGUCCACGGUAUUUUCUAUACCGUGAGUUUGUCGAUGCUUUUAUGAAAGGUCAUCCUGAAAUGACACGAUGUACAUCUCAUCAUAGUGCGCAAGCUGAAUGGAAUCAAAUAAAAAAGGACGAAAAUUUUGUUAAACAAAAAAUAACUGAAUAUCUCGAUAUAUGGAAUAAAGCUGGUCAGCCAGAGUAUGAAUCUUCACCGAAAAAAUCUUCAAAUAAAAGUAAUAAAACAACACCAAAAAGAAGUUUUCGCAAGCGAAAUUUUUCUUCCGAUGAUGAUGAACAAAAUCGAGAUCCAAAUUUUGAUUCAAAUAUAGUCGAAGCAGUAACACCGACAUUUUCUAAACGUAAAACGUCGAUAGAAACUGAUGAAAUCGUUGAAAAAGAAAAAUCUUGGAUUCUUCUAUCAGCUGAAAAAGCAGCGAAGAAAAAAGCUCGAGCAACAGCUCAAACUGAAGCUGAUAAAAUUAAAGCGCCAGUACAAGAAACUGUUCUAAAAGAUCUUCAACAAAUAUCUGAACGUAUAGAAAAUUUAAUACAAGUUAAAAGUAUGGGUUUACUAACAGCUGAAAAUCAGAAAACAUUAAAAAAAUUAAUUGAACAAAAAAAAAGACGAACAACUGAUCUAAAACGUCUUCAAUCCAAACAACGCGCAUCAAUACGUUACCGUGAAAGAAAAAAACGACGUGUCGAACAAUUAUGUGCAUCAAAUCCUGAAGUAGCUGCUGAACUUUCGAAAGUUAUUCGGCCAACAACAACGCGCUUACAAAUUGAAACUGAUUGUCCUGAUCUCGUACAGAUAAUUGGUGAAAUUGCACGUAUUGGUGGUGCAGCGGAUAGUAACAAAGAGCAAACAGGUUUAACAUUAGAUGGUCUUCAAGAUGCAAUUAAAGAGCGUGGUUAUGAAAUUCGUAAAUCAUCACUUUACUAUCGUCUUAUGCCUCAACGUGCUUUAUCACAUGAUGGUAAGAAACAUAUUGUUACUGUACCUGUCCGUCUUCGUAAAAUGCAAGACAUUGAAUUGCCACCUAAACAUGAAGAUUGUCACUUCACGGCCGCUGCUUUGAAACAUAUCAAAGAUCUAGCUGGUAUAUUUGGCAACGAUUGUGUUUUCUAUUUAACACAAGAUACAAAAGCGAAAGUUAGCAUUGGUCGACCAUCCGGCAAAGGACAAUCACCUUUGAUAAUGCAUCUUGACUAUAAUAUAAGUUCAACUGAUCAACAAUCGAAUUCAACAGUUUCAAAUCAUCAAUUGACACCAUGCGUUUAUGCUGCAUCGAUUAUCGAUGAAACAGGUCUAAUUACAAAUACGGGUCCAACAUAUAUAUCAAUUCGAUCAGCGAAACAUGAUCAUUUAACACAUGAAAGUCAUUCGAUUGAUUUCGAACGUUUAAUUCAAUUGAAAGAAUUCGAAAAAGUUGCACGUGACCAUCUUGGCCGUGUUAAACCUAUUGUUAUCAUCAAUGUUGAUGCCAGUGGAUUAGAAAAUAAUACACGUUAUCUGAAGACACUUGCGUCAGCUAUUGAUAAAUUUAAAAAAUACAAUUUAGAUGCACUGGUUCUUGUUGCUCAAGCACCCGGACAAGCUAUAUUCAAUGUUGUUGAACGACGUUUAUCACCAAUGUCACAAGAUUUAGCUGGUUUAAUUCUGCCGCACGAUCACUUUGGCACGCAUUUAAAUGAUGUUGGUUUAACUCAACAUGCAGAAUUAGAAAAAGAAAAUUUAAAAUUAACCGGAAACGUUUUAGCUGAAAUAUGGAGUAUGAAUGUACUUGAUGAAUGUUCAGUUGUGUCUGAAUAUAUUAAUCCAUCACCGAUGAUUGAUGACCAAUUGAAAAUGACUGACAGUUCAUUAGCUUUGAAUAGUAUCAUUGAUCAAGUUUGCACUGACGAAGAUGAAGAAGUACCGCUUCAUCAACGUUUUAAUCAAACACAUUUGAAUCCAACGACGCAAAUCAAAGCCGAAUGCGAUAUUGAUGAAUAUUGGUGUGCAGCUCAUGUUCUUCAAACUCAAUAUACAAUACAAAUAAUUCGUUGUAAUAAUUCAUCAUGUUGUACACCAUGGCGUUCCAAUUAUAUUCAAGUUUUUCCUCAUCGUUUUCUUCCACCACCUGUACCAUUUCAUCGUUCGUCGCGUGGUGUUAAAAUGGCUGAUAUUGAAGCAUCAUCAGCAACAUUACAACCAAUAUCACCAUUCUAUGGAAAUCUUUUUCAACGUAUACAAUUUCAUGGCAUUGUUAUCAAUCGUACACAAAAUGAUCUUCUGCCAUUCGAUGCAUGUUGUCCAUCGUUACAAUCAAAAUUAUCAUCACGCUUAUGUUCUCUAUGUCAACAAUAUAUUCCAACAGCAAUACGUUUACGUAAUCAUUAUAAAAUGCAUGAACAAUGCACAGUCAAUUAUAGUGAUUAUAGAAGUAAUAAAGAAGAGAAUAUUAUUGAUGAUGAUGAUUUAUAUGAUCCAUAUGAUAUGCGAAUCAUAUCAAGACAAAGUGAUGUUUGUUUAUUUACUAAUAUGGUUGAAUGGUUAAGAUCAGAUUUUGAAGAUGACCCUGUUGUUGAUACAAAACUUAAAUCAAUAGCAGCAACAGCGUCGGCUAUGAUUCGAAAAGAUAAACAAAUGGCAGUGGCAGCGACGACAACAAGUGAACGAAAUGAAUCAAUGGCAAUUAUGUCCGAUGGUAAACAAUCGAAACCUAAUGAAAGCAUUCGAGAGGAAGAAAUGACAACAAUUGAAGAAAUAAAUUUAAAUGAUAGUCAAACAAACAAUGGGAGCGUAAUAGACGGUAUGGAAAAUUUACGUAUGCUUGAUGACGGUGCGGGCUCAAUUGGAAAUACACCAAGUCAACAAAGUUGGGAUGAUCUUGAAGAUCUUAUUGACAAUAUGUAA